GAGUGGAGGAGGAGGAGGAGGAGGAGGAGGUGGCAGGUAGCUCAGGUGAGACACAGGUGAGGAUUCUCACCAACUCUCUGCACUCGUCUCCGAGCAGUGGGAAAGCUGCAGCUCAUCAUGGUGUAGUAUGGUUCUGACAGACGGACUAUGUUCUGGAGGCCCAAAAUGCUUUGGAUGCUCUGUGCCUGGUUAGUGGUGCUGUUUUCCUCCAUCGCCAGAGGACACAACAUACUGGAACAAGGAUACACCCUCUCAUCAUCAGGGUACCAUGUAUGUCCCGGGAUCGAGAUCGUUCCCAUGACUACCGUGAUCUCCAGUCAGAGCGCUUACACCCAGAUGACACCGUGUGGCGGAUGGCUGCCAUGGAAAAUGUGUAACGUCACACGUUACAGAACCGUGUACCAAACUCGGGUCGUUAACUGGGAGAAAGAGGUGAUAAAGUGCUGCGAAGGCUACGAGCAAGUGGGCAGUUACUGCGCUCUCGCCCGUAACAGAAGUUCAGAGUUCACAGCUAAACCUGGAGUUUGUCCGACGCAUCCUGUCUUGGGAUCAGGUUCACGGUGUCACUGGGACACGGACUGUCCUGGCCGGCAGAAAUGCUGCCAAACAGAAAACCGGACACUCUGUGUGGAGCCUCAGACACACGUGAACAUGAGUUCAUGGCUGAAUGUAACAAUAACCGUGAAAGCAGCGUACAGUUUGGUGAACACGAACACAGGGAUCUUCAAUCACACACGCCUGCUGCACUCAGUGGUGACAGGAGCUCUGAGCUCUCUGCAGGUCUCUGUGUGUCACGAACGCUCGUGGUCUUCAGGAUGGUUCAGUACGUCCUCAUGUCUGCUACUCGGCUCGUCCCAGCUCCUGUCCUUAACCGACGUCUCUGGCGCACUUCUGGUCCUGCUGGAGAACAUAGAGGAGGUGACGGCUGUGGACGUCAGGGAUGUGGAUGAGUGUGCCACACCCGUGCUGAGGGAGUGCUCUCCCCAAGCCUACUGCAGUAACACUCCGGGCUCCUAUAACUGUGCGUGUACUGCUGGAUUUGCAGAUGUUCAGCCCAGCAGGCCAGGAACACAGUGCAAGAAGACCUCCUCCUCCUCCAGUUGGAACGUAAUCAGCUUUGGGCCUCUGAGGAAACAUAGUCCGCAAAUUAUCUCCACUACUUUGUCUACUACGACAUCCACAACCACUAUCUUCAACACUUCCUUCACUGUUCCACCUGCUGCUACUCCAUGCAGCUCUAAUUCCAGCUUGAUUCCUGUGCUCAGUAUUCCUAAGAUCGCCAACCUCUGGGCCAAAACCGUCACAAGCUCCUCCUUCACCCUACUGUGGGACAUUCCCUCUCAGAUCAACCUCACGUCAAGCCUUGUUCUGUUCCAUGGGACUCAUCAGCUGGGCUCCUGGGUAACGACGGCCUCCAAUUGGACAUGGAUCAACCUUCAGCCUGGGGUUCUGUACACCGCUCAAGUGGCCCUGUGUAUGUGUGGUUACUGUGGGAAUGCCACUGAGCUGAAGGUAAAGACAGAUGCACAGAUUCUCAAAGCGGUUGCCCGAAUAACCAACGUAAACUUCACUGAGGCGCUGCUGAACCCAAACAGCGAAGAGUACAAGAUGUUUAUUGAAAAAGUCAGGAAUGAGACCCUUCAUUCUCUUCCUUCCUGGAUCCUGGAGUUGGUUUUCUCUGGGAAAGUGAUAGUUUUAAUCACACAACUGUCUCCAGGCAGUGUUGUGGUCACGUUCAGCCUUGUGUUCCUUCCUGACAUCAUGCAGGACAUCGAAAGCAUCGCCAAUAUGCUGAUGGAGUCCCUGCAGAACAGCACACAGUUCACCGUCGACCCAAACGGCACUAAGAUCAUGGAUGUCAAUGAGUGCAUUCUGGGUGAGGUCGACUGUUCCCCGUGGGCCAACUGUGAGGACACGUUUGGUUCGUACACCUGUAUGUGUCACUAUGGUUACACUGAUGCAAACCCCGCGAGGCCAGGACGCACCUGCCAAGCCAACAGUGUGACAACUUCCACUUCUUCUCCAAACACCCCAAGUCCAUCUACAAUGGUAAUCUCGACAUUAUUCAGGACGAGCUCUCUCACAACUACAACCAUGACCACAUCCAUUCCUACCAUGAUUGAAACCACAUCAUCAUCAUCAUCUACAUCCACAGACUCCAUAUCUGUAACGCAAGGCAUCAAUGCAACAGUCACUUCAUCAACAGUAGUGCUAUGUCCUAACAAAUCCACUGAAUUAACAACCACACCAUCCACCACUACUUCUUCUACACCACUGUUCACCACUUCCAUCACCCAAUCCACUGAAACAACAGCUUUAACCUCCACUAUAUCUGCACCAACUUUGACCUUCCUCUCCUCCACGUCACAAACAUCUCCAAUGGAGUCCAUCACGGUGGAGUGCGGACUCGGGUUCAUGGUCAUAUACGUGUCACGAAAUUUCUUGGAGCUGAAGCACAUCUCUGAGUCCUCACUGUACCUGGGCAUGCCCAACUGUAACCUGACUGAGAGGAACACCACCCACGUCAGCUUCUACAUGGUCUGGGGAAUGUGUGGAACACAACUAGGGAAUAACAGCCAGAACAGCACAGUGCAGGUCACUCUGUAUAGCAUGGAAGCUCAGCUCCAGGUUCCUGUCAUCUGCACCUACAUCAACAGUUUUAUCAUCUCCACAGGAAACAGUUCCUCCGGGUACAAUAUGACUAACAAUGUGACCAGUGUGGUGGAGGGAUCUGGAAUGUACCAGGUGACAGUGCGAUUGUUGAACGGGACGUACCCUCUGCCUCAGAACUACACCCUGUCCCCUGAAGAUGAGGUCAUCAUUGAGGCGGGGCUGAACUCCAACUUGUCGCAGAUUAAAGUGGUCAUUUAUAAAUGCUGGGCCAAUCCCAGCAACAACCCAGCCGAGCUGCCCAGCAUAGUCUUCCUGGAAAACGGUUGUCCUGUCCCCGACAAAAACAUCAAGGUGCUGGAGAAUGGUGAAUCCACUCGCUCUCUGCUGGCUGUAAAUCUUUACCAUCUGGUGGAAUUUGAGAUCAUGUACCUGCACUUUCAGAUCCAUAUCUGCAUCGAGACGUCCACAGCCAUGUGCCGCCCUGAUUGUAACACGGUUGCCCGACUGGCGAAAACCUCCAGAGGUGCUAACACGGUCGGAGUAGCUACAACCUCAUAUGGUCCUCUACUGAAGCCGCAACUGGUGAUACUGCAGGAAGCGGUGUGGAACAUGCGCACUAUUGGCUUCAUCCUCUUGGCGUUGGGCUUGUGUGUGCUGGCGCUUGGAAUCGCGGCUGUGGUGCUGUUUUUCAGGCGCAGGAUGGGAAACUACAACUUACAGUUCAAAAACUACAACUUCCAGUUCAAACCACGUGAGGAGAACUUCACCUACCACGUCUUCAACACCUAAAGACCUUCAGUCCUGUACUCACUCCAUCACUGUCCUUCAUUUACUCUGUUUAUAUAAUCCAGAACAAGCUGCAGCUGAGCAAUAUUUACAUCAUCUUAUCGAACAUGCUUCCUCUUUCAAUGGUGUUGAUUUUAAUUCGCCUGUUUUUUUCUUUCCAAUUUAAUCUCUCUCGGCUCUCUCGUUGUAUUUUAAUCUCUUUUUAAUCUCAUCCGAUUUCCUCUGCAUGUUCCUCAGGUAUAAUUCCUCUGCUGCACGAAUGUAAAUAAGCAAUAUGAACUUAUAACAGUAUCAUGUGUUAAAAACAAAGUGAUAUAUGAUUUCAAUCAUGAUUUUAU